AGGAUGUUAAUCUGGCAAACAUGCAACUGGUUUUGGCAACCCUGGUAGUAAGGUCUGUCAAUGUCAAUUGUCAAAAUGGCCGCUAGAUUCUGAUUAGUGUUUAUUUGACUUUCUGAUUUAUUAAUUUUCUUAAAUAUAACUAAAAAUCUUUUAAAUUUGAACAAAAAUGUCAAUUCCAAAUCAUAUUUGCAGAUGUUGUUUGAAAUCAAGGCCGAGAGUAUAUUUAAUUGGGUCAGUUCAAGUUCAAACGAAACCCCUGGCACAAUUGCUUCACUGGAUCGUUCCAGAUUUGCGCCUAAACCUCUCAGCGGAGCCAGUAAUAUGUAUGCCAUGUUACAAGUCGUUGCGCGAAGCUUAUAGCUUUCGCCUUCAAUGUCUGCAAUCUGAAAAAAUGAUCAGUAUCUACAUGAAGGAAACCAACACCGCUUAUGGCAAUAUCAGGCUUCAUGAUGUAGUCGAAUAUUGCAAAGGAGUUUUCAAGCCUAAAUCCACUGAUCCAUGCCAGUCUAAAACAUCUUUAACUAAUGAUGUGCCUGAGUUGAUCGAAUCAGAUGAUUCCAAUGACGGUGAAGGAAAUUGUUACUCUUUAUUAUCAGAUGAACCAGAACCUGAACAUUUUGAGCAAUAUAAGAAAAAAUCGACCAGCAUAAGCCCACUAGCAACAAAAGAAGCUCAGCCUAAAUCUGACAACUGCAAAGCAGGUUUAUCCAAAUUAGAUACAGCUGAAAAAAAUAUAUUUGUAAAGCCAAGAUUAUCAUACAUAAAUGAGCACUUGAACUACAAGCCAGGCACAUCUGAAAAUAAUAAUACUACCUUAUCAGCACAGCCCGAAUUAAACACAAAUAGAGCUCAUACAGUCACAUCAGCUACACUAACUGCUGGUAAAUCAACGGAAGAUUUUAUAUCAACCAGCAGGAUUGCCCCAUCGUGCCAGAAAUAUUUAACUAAAACUGGUGAUAUAGGAUUCAGGAUCAGAAACGAUCUCAUGAACCAAGCCGUUAACAACACUGUUGCGAAUAUCAUGAAGGAUACAGGAAAGAAAUUAGAACGACCUAAGCUGCAUCCAGUACGGAGGCAUAGAAUUAUUACAAAAGUGCUUGAAAAGCAGCCUUCGCAUCAGAUUGCUGAAGAUGCGACUAUUAGUAAGGAAACUAGAGUAAUGGUACCAGUUAACACAUACAGUGGACCUUCAGCACCCAAGCCUACUUCUGAUGUUUCAACUUUAAAACAACCACCUCCAGCAGCCUCACCUGCGCUGCCACUAGAAACAAUCCCGGCUUCAAAGCUGUUACCAGCACCACACGUACCUGUAAAUAUAAAUUACAUCCCGAAAAAUAACAAAGUGGAUAAAGAAAUGUUAUCAGUUUUACAGAAUAGCAAUAUGUUUAAGGAGCAUGUGCGAAAUCAUUCUGGUCAUGAGACUUUUCUUGUGAGAAAAAUUUUGGAUAAAAAAAACAAAUUGUUAGGCUACAGUGUUGAUGUUGAGGAUGGCGCAGAGCCAGAAAGUGGUGGUACUAGACAAAAAUUCGUGGUUCAGGUUGACAAGGGAAAUACUCCCUUAUUAACAGCAGAUGAUCUAGAGACCUUACAUAAGACAGAGAAUAAUCAAGAAUCUUCAAAAUCGGAAACAUCGUCUACUGAAAAAAUAUCAACAACUGCAAUGGCAAAUCCCUUAACAGAAGUUCAUCCAGAAAUCUUGCCAGAAACAGAAAAUAAUCAAGAAUCUUUAGGUUUGUUUGGAAAAUCGUCUUCUGAAAUAUCGGCACCUGCAAUGCCUCGAAUAAGAGUACGACCAGAAUCAUCCCUGAAAAAAAUCCGUACUUUAAACCAUGAAUUAUUUCCUCAACAUAGAGACAUAUUUGGUUUCUCUCAAGUGCAAAGCCCAAAUCAAGAUCCUUCCUUCCCGAAACCACCUCCGCUCAUGGAACUUACUAAAAUUCAUAUAAACCCACCUGUACCUUUGCGUUCAAACCAAUACCCCGACGGCACAAAACAAACUCCGUUUGUGCUGAAUUCAAUGGUUGCGAGACAAAAAGUUCCUUCACCCCAUGCGGAAUUAUCCAAUGCGCCUAUAAUUCCAGGACUUGUGCCAGUGACGAAAGAACACUUGAAGAAAAUGGGCAUCAUGGGACGUAUUUAUAUCAAAAGAUUACCGCCUUCUCACACUCCAGCGAGCAUAUUGCCAGUGGAUGAGGAAAUAAGUAUUAAAGAAGAACCACGGGAAUAUUUCAAUGAAGAAGAGUAUUUAAGAACAAUUGAAAAAGUAAAUACUUUUGUGCAAAAUGAUUUGGAUGAUGGGCCUUCUUACACUUCAACGGAAGUAUUGCCAGUGGAUGAGGAAAUGAGUGUUGGAGAAGAAUCACUGGCAGAGGAGCCUUUAAUAGCAAUAAAAAAUGAACCUAUUUUUGUAGAGGAUGAUAUUGAUAUUAAGGAAGAACCUUUGAGUUAUGAUGAGGAUGAUGUUUCUUUGCAAAGAUUUGAACCAAUUGAUUCAGUAUUUGAUGAACCUACAUCAGAUGCAGAUGAAAAUUCAUUGAAUGACAAUCUGCCUGAACAUGAUACAGACUUAAAUCUAUCCAAUGAAUCUACCCUAAGUGGAAGUGAAACUCCUAUGGACACUGAAACUUUGGAUGGUUUACUGGAUAUUAGGGAAAUCGAAGAAUAUGAUAUGCCGGAAUACAUCCAUGUGAAGAAUGUAGAUUCUAUGGAACUGGAAGAAUUAAAAAAAGGAGCCAAUAAUCCAAAAAAAAAUAUGAAAUUUAGUGAUUUAGCAAAACCUGCACUCUCAGUCUCAGAUAAAAUUCCAGACCUCAAUGUGAGCACACAGCGGAAAAGGUUUAGACUAGUAAGCGUAGAUGACGACGAUGAACCUCCAAAGAAAAAAUGGAUCGAAAAAAUCAGACCUGUUGUGAGAAAAAAAACUCCUCUGGAUGAGAUGAAUGAGAACAUCUGUACAAUCUCUACAAAAUUCACAAGUCAGGGCGAUUAUAUCAACGAUCAUGACUAUUUCCGAAGUCCUUAUGAAAGGUAUGGUUUGAUUGAGUUUGCAACAAACCGACGACGCUGUUUGUUGUGUGGCCAUGCCCUGCCAAUUGACGAGCAUAUACGACACAUGCAAUGCCACAGCACAUAUUGCCGCAUCUGCAAACUAGAUUUCAACAACGUUUUUGUCUUAAACUUCCACGUGCGCCAACACAUUUACCGUUGCCCAGAUUGCCAUGUAAAUGUGACUUACGCUAGAUACGCCCAUCACGCUGAAACUCAUAACGCGAGAACCCUGAGUAAUUUGAAAAAGUUCAAUUCGGUCUGCGAUGGUACGAUUCCGAAAUCACCAACGACUGCGAUUAAUCGAAGGAGUUGCACAGUAACUAGGGCAAUUGAAGAAGAUGGUAAGCAGCCUAUAACUGCCACUGCUACAAAUGAAAAUCAACUCCAGAGUAAAGAAACUUCUAGAGCUAUUCCAGUCUUCUGUGAUGAAAAGGGCUUCACAAGUCUCUCAGAUUUAUAUGAAUCUCGUAACAAUACAAACGUGAAUACUGUUGAAACUGCAUCCCCGUCGUCCAACCUUGUUACCAAAAAGAAACGCAAGCCGCGGUCACGAAAACGAAGACAUCGUAAAAAUGGCCAAUUUGCUAUAAUGAAAAAUGAAGUUAGAGACAAUACGCGUAUGAGCGCAGAUAACCUUGACAAGGCCGCUAAGCGCGAAACUCCUGAAUCAAAUGCUGUGGCAGAAAGCAAUAUAAAAAUAUCAAAUACUCUUCAGAUAAAAGAAACUAAUUUUGAAGAAAAUAAUAUCAAACAAGCAACUGAUACAAAUGUAUUACCAUGUAACAGUGUAGAGGGAGACGUUACAACCACUCCAACUAGUCAAAGGUGUACUAAAUAUCUCAGAAGUUCAAAUACUCCAUCACCAUCAAGAAUAAAUCGUCUUAAAGAAGAUUUUUCUACGACCAAAAGAUAUCCAACCAGAAAAUCUGUAGUUGGAACCGAUUUAAAUAUACCAUCGUCAUCGAUCAAGUCUGAGACUAGUUCAAAUGUAGCAGAUAUUAUCAGCAAUAAUCAAAGUAGAAGCGAACUUGUCAAGUCUGAACCAGAGAAAAUGUCAAUCACUUCAAACAAUCAACCUGAAGAAAAAUGUUGGAACCCAUUUGCGGACCCAAAUCUAAAGAAAGAUAUUAUGGAACACAUUUCUUUAAGUAAAAAAAUGUUACUGGAAAACAUAUCUGUGAACGAAAGUUGUGGAUCGGAUAAUACAGAAGAUAACAUGACAGUUUCUGAAGGGGAAUCAUCGACAUUAGAUAAUAUACAGAGUACAGAAAUUGCUAGAAAAACUAGAACGUCUCGAAGCAGUGGUAAUGAGAGCUACAAAACAAGAACUAGGAGGCGCAGAUCAUCACUAGCAACUAUUCAGAUUGCUGUGAACGACGCGCUGCUGCACUCUGAAGAAUCGAUCAGUUCAAUUGCACGUAAACAUUCCAUAAAUGUGUCGACGUUGCGGAGGAACGUUCUAAAAGCAAGAGCGGGAAAUAAAGAACAUACACAGACCAAUCUUGAUAAUGCUGCACAAGAAGUACUGAAUCAAGGAGAAUCAGUUGGGACCGUUGCAGAGAAGCAUUUUAUAAAUCCCACGACGCUACACAGAUACUGUGAAAACAUAAAUAAGGAUAAUAAGGGUAUAGGCAAAGAAAAAGGAAAUCAAAAACAGACUAAACAUAGAAAAAGAAAGUCUAGAAAACCUGUUUUACUAGAAGAUGGUUCAUAUGAUGUCGAUGAUGCGCUGUGUUUAGUCUGCUCGGGAAAAUAUUCUAAAUCUCUAGCAGGCGAAGAAUGGAUUAGAUGCACGAAAUGUCACGGAUGGGCUCAUGAAAAGUGUGUUAAUGCAGACACUUACUUUGUUUGUCAAAACUGUGGCUUAAAAGAUAAUGUUUUAACGACCAUUACCAAAGAUGACGUUAUACAGCCAACACCGCUAUAAGGAAAGUUGUUACAAUUCACGUUACAUGUUAGAUUUUCUUUCUUUUUAUUUGAUUCUAUGUAUUUAUUUUUAUUCGAUUGAGCACUUACAGGCACUACUCAAAUAGUACUUUUGAUCAAACACUUGAUCAGCAAAUCUCGAUUAAAACUCAUUUUACAGAUAGAGAAAUUCACAAUCUUUUUUUAUAUACAUAUACCAAUAUGAUUUAUGUAUACAGAAUGGCCAUUUCAGGUCAUAUCACUACUGCUAUCUCCAAAAUGGUUAGAAAAGGUGCUAUUUUUGAGGCUUGCUCAAGCUCAAAAUAGGUCGUAAGUACUGACAAUUUUUAAUUAAGUUCAGUUAAUCUUCCUUGAGCCAAAACAUGAUAGGCCCACGUGAUCCGUUUUGUUACUUAUAAAAUGUCAUCCUUAAGUUCACGGGGGAUUAUGCAAACUCGCCAAUUAUUGUACCAUAAAACACAACUUUAUAUAUUGUAUUUGAUGGUAUAUUUGGAAAUUAAUUUUUUACAGUACUGAGUUCAGCACUGAACAUAUUAUAAACUUUUUUAAUUUCCAAAAUUUCAUUUUAACUUUAUUUAAAUUUCAAACUUUCUACAUAGUUAAAACAAUCUUUUAGUUUUCCUAGCUAUAAGUUCACAUUUAUGUAUAUUGUUAAACUUUAGGUUUAGGUAUUGUUAUGUUAUCCUUUUUUUGAGUUGAAAAUGAAUUAUCUCUGGGUGAGACUUACAGUCCCCAGAGCAGAGUUUUAUAUGGGUUUGUUGUUAGGCAAACGGCCAUAUUUUUAAAUAAUUGAUAUUGAUAUAGGUACCAUAUUAUAUCAGUAAAUGUGAAAAAAUUAAUCAAUUAACUUUUUUUUUAGGAAAACUGAACUGCUUAAGUUUACCUGCGGUUUCAUAUGCGAAAAUUUGCUUCACUUGGAAGAGCACCGCAAGAAAAUACCCAGGGUUGGAACGGAUGAAAAUGAACACCCAGAAUACCAAAAUCGUUAAAUGGUUGAUGGUCUUGUAGUCUCUUUAGGGGCACUAUCAAAGGAUUUUGGAGGAGGUCACUAGAAAAGAGAAAAAAGAACAAUGAGUAUCUUCACUAAGAAGCUAGUUUUUGGUCAAGAUAUUGUGCACUUACUUGUAAACCAUUCCAUGUGAUAUAAUAAGACUUCUAUCAUCUGAACCAGAUGCAAACAAAGGAUAUCUUUUAUGGAUGAACAUCCAUAGUGGAAAUCCAUUUGGAAUUGGUCAUCAAUUUUUUAAUCUGAGUUUGCUUCAAUAAAUCAUAAAUCCUCACGUGUCUUUGAGUGGCCACAAACAAAAACGGUUUCUUUGGGUGGAAUUUGAUGCAUUGUACCAAACCUUUGGACUUUGUAAAGGGAAGUUGGCUUUUACGUUUCGAUAAUUGUGAAAUCAAUACGGAUCGGCUUUGGCCGUCAGGUAUAACUGCACCGAAAUAAUCUCCUUUACCAUGCCAGGUCACUUGGGAUACCAUUUUGAAGGCUUUAAGUUGGAUGCGGAGGCCGGUUUUGUACAGCUCUUGAUCUGGUAGGCACCAUUGGACUGUCGAUUUUACUCUGCGAAAACAAUCAGAAAUAUAAACAACAUACCUAUAAUAUAUUAUGUUUAUAAUUAUUAUUCAAGUAAUUUGUAUGAUAUCUCUGGAAGAGAAAAAAGCUCCGAAAGCUUGGUUUUCCAUCAAAUUUAAUUUAGACAAAAAAUGUGCGACUAAUUAGCUACAAGUUCUUACCUUUCACUGACAAUGGAAUCAGUCUGAUUAGGUUCAAGACUCAAAACAGAAUCUGUUUUGCUCUUCUUGACAAAAUCGCCAACUCCUGGAUUAAUAAUUAGAAUUUCAUUGCCUGCUGCUACUAGGACUAAAGUUAGAUCAUGGUUGGGACACCAUUCUACACUUCUCACAAUGCCGACACACGGAAUAGUUUUUAGACAUCUGCCAGUGUGCACUUCCCAAAUUUUAACUAAACAAAAAAAUAUAUAUAGUUGAUUGCAAAUUGAUCAAUUAAAGAAAACUACUUACUUGUACAAUCGUCUGACCCACUCAACAAAUAUUGUCCAGUGUGAUCAGUGCUUAUCGCUCUAACCAUAUCAGUGUGUCCCUUAUAUUGUAUGGCCAAUGUAGUAGGGAACGGUUGUAAAUCUCUAGGACUGGGCAGUUUGGGCACCAAAGACUCUGGCUCUAUGUUCAGUUUCAUUUUUAUAGCUCUAGGACACAGGUACAAGUCCAAGCAACGCAAGAAACGUUCUUUGAUGAAUCUCGGAUAGGCGGGAACUUUUCUGAGGGAGUCAUACUUUUCGGGGAUAAAAUGAUGUUUGCGUUUCCAGGGGGCGUUCUUCAGUUUAUUCCAUUCUUUCAUUUCCUUGGCGUCAAAUAGGUAUUCUGGAGGUGGGUUGUAUGAUUCGGCAUGACCUAGAAAAAUUAUGGUUGAUCUCAGAUAUAUGGGACAAAAUAUGGUAAAAUUAUUACGAAUUAAUUCCUCAAAAGUAUGGAUUUAAGACCCUCUGAUUUCUAUUGAUUUUGUGUUCAUGCUUACAUAAUAGGUACAUAGAUUAUUUAAAAUGAGGCUCUUAUUUAUUUAUAUUUUUACCUGGUAAUAAUCUCUUAGGCGCAGGAAUAUGUUUAUGUAUUCCUCUAACCUUGGGAUCAUCUUCAUUUUUCCACAACAUAUAAAACGUCGGUUCCUUCUUUUUUCUUAAUUUAGCUUGUUCCUCUCUGGUUUUGAUCCACCCCAUUUUCAAAGCGUGCACCAAUUUCGAAACUUUUUUAGCUUCAUCUUUGCUUGGUAAAAACGACCUUUUGUGUUCGGGGAAGUUUCUUAUAGGCAUUUGUUCAACUUGUGACGAAAACCAUUCGAUCCAUGGUGCAUAUUCCUCGAAUUCUUUUUCGGGAAUUUGUUGGCCGCGUAUUCUUUUUAUAAGUUCUACGUCCUCGUCACUGAGAAUGACAUUUUGACCGGUUUGGGGAUCUUUGACUGUUCUCCAAAAGUCGGGAUCUUCCAUUCUUUUUAGGAACUCGUCUAGGCGAUCGCCGGUGUCUGGUUUUAUUACUUUUUUACCAUCCCAGUCGUAGCCAAGAUGUUUGAAAUCAGCUAAC